AGAAUAUAUACAAUGAGUGGGUGGUUUUAGGAUAUGAGGGGGAUGAGUAGAGUGGUUAUCUGAAUGUGAAGAUGUUGGUUAAAAUUCAAACAAAUUGGUUUGUGCCUGUUGCAGUUCCAUUCUCAGUCCCACACAAGCUCGAGGGUUGUUUUGUAAUGAGUAAGUGCGUUUUAUCCACGCAUACUCCUAUUCUAUUUGAAGUCGAUAAUGAUAAAGCAAGACGAAGAAGAAGAAGAAGAUCAAAUUGGAGUUGUGGUUGUGGUUCGGAGGAGGCACAUGUACAGAGACAGGAUUUCUCUGAAUCUGAAUCCAAACGGGAAUUGGAAGUGCAGGAAGCUCGCAGGGCCAUUUCAAGUUAUCUCGGAGAAUUGGGAGUGUCAGAGGAGGAAUCGUUGUCCAUCGCGUGGAAUUGCCCGGGUUAUGUGAAUAUGUUACUGGAAGGUGUGAGGGAUUUGGAUGAGUGGGGUUGGGAGACAGAUGAAGAGAUUGCGGGAUUGAGCUUCAAGGACAAGAUUCUUCGUGUUGCCGCUCAAAAAGGAGACAAGGGGAAAAUUGCCUACUUAGAGACUCUUGGUCUCACUCUCUCUUGGUCUAUCAACGUCGCCGGAUAUCUCUCCGCUCACACCCUCCCUUCUCUAAUACACAAGGUUACGCGCAUCAAGCAACUUUUCUUUUCUCCUCCCGAUAACGACGGCGAUAACGAUAACGAUCACCACCCCUCGUUGCUCGUGAGAAACAUUCGCCUCACUAUGCGCCACUUGUCCAUUUCAAUUGACGAAGACCUGCAACGCACUUUCUCCUUUUUCGAAAAGCUUCAAGCAAAGCCUGGUGGCCUAAACAUCUUGGCUUCCCAAGAUUCUGCGUUCUCUUCCUUAAUCCAAUCCUUCCCCCGUAUGCUUCACUUAUCCUUAGAUAACCACUUAACACUCAUACUGGAUUCUCUCCUCAACUUUGGAAUCCCCACAUCUCGCAUCUCACACAUAAUACUGGCUUUCCCUCCUCUUCUCUUCUGGAAUCUUCAAAUCCUGCAAACUAGACUCCUCGCCGUCAAGCAGAUUAACGUUGCUGAUCAAGAUUAUGCCAAGUUUCUGCUAAAAUAUCCUUGGUUUCUGUCGACAAGUAUUCAAGAAAAUUAUGCGGAGCUCCUUGCUUUUUCGUAUUCUAUCAAGGUUCCAAAGACACAGAUAGACCGUGCAAUUGAAAGCCACCCUCAUCUAUUGAGCUGUUCAACUAGCAAGCUCGAGUUGAUGGUAGAUCAGUUUGCUAAACUUGGAGUUCGGAAGAAAAAGUUAAGUCAGGUUAUUACUAGAAGUCCUCAAUUGCUACUACGGAAGCCCAAAGACUUUCUACAGAUUGUUCUGUUGUUUGAAAAUAUGGAUUUAGAUAAAGAAACUAUUGGAAGAAUACUUGCCCGCUGCCCUGAAAUUUUUGCUUCCAGCAUUAAUAAAACUUUACAGAGGAAGAUUGAGUUCCUUGGUAGGGUUGGCAUUUGUAAGGCUUUCCUACCAGGGGUUAUCAGAAAGUAUCCUGAAUUACUUGUAUCUGACAUUGACAAAACAUUAAUACUAAGGAUAAUGUACUUGAUGAAGUUAGGUCUUUCAGAAGAAGAGAUAGCAUUUAUGGUACGCACAUUUUCUCCUCUUCUUGGGUACAGUAUAGAGGGGGUUCUUAAGCCAAAAAUAGAAUUCCUGGUGAACUCAAUGGAGAGGCCAGUAAGAGAUGUGGUGAGUUACCCUCGGUAUUUUAGCUAUUCACUAGAGAAGAAAAUAAAGCCAAGAUAUUGGGUGUUGAAAAGAAGGGAUAUCAAAUGUAGCUUAAAGGAUAUGCUGGGAAAAAAUGAUGAAGAAUUUGCCGCUGAGUUUAUGGGUAUUGGAAGGAUGCCCGUCUCUCAUCCCGUUUCUUCUAAUGAUAGCCUGUAAAUAUCGAUAGUUGUCUUAUAAUUUUAGGUUUCCCUUGUAGAAAUAGAGGCUAUAUUAUAAUUUUAGGUUUCCCUUGUAGAAAUCGAGGCUAGCACAUCAGAUUUGUAGGUCUCGCUUGUAAUUAUUUUCAAAGAGAUAGAAAUUCUUUCAAAAAAAAUUGAACACCAAAUGAGAAAUUGACGCUCAAUUUGUCUAAUUACGAUUUUAUCAUCCAUGCACGGUACUACAAACUAGUUCUAUUCAUUU